UUCUAACCUCACUUUUUUUGGGUUGAGUUUUGUUGUAAUUUUUAAAAUUUUAAUGCUAAAUAAAUAUUAAUAAAAUAUCCUAAUAAUGGCUGGACUUCGUCACGCUCUCAAGUUAUUUUCAAAUAGCUCUAAUGUCUCAUAUCACUGUACUCGUCGCUUGUUGAACUAUUCUGCUAUGGCUUAUGAUGGUAAAGCUGACCCAGCUGAAACAUUUUUCAAUGACAAGGUUCAAUCCCUUUUAAAAUCCUUAACCAGGGUUGACUACAAUAAAGUUUUCAAACGAAGAAAACUGGGCGAAAAACACCUGAGCGAUCCAGUGUACAAAUUCAUGACGGAAGAAGAGCUUAAAGAAGCUUUGGAGGUAGCAAAAGAGACGGCCGAAGAGCUCUUACAAAUUCCUCCUGUAGUGCGAGUGAGAGACCAAAAUGUUAAAGUGCUUUCUAGAGAUCCUGCCCUACAAGGUUUAGAAACAUCUAGAUUAGUUUUCAUAGACAUCACUUAUGGUACUAAAGAUUCAGACAGGCUUAUUGUUGUAAGAGAACCUGAUGGUACUUUACAAGAAGCAGAGUGGCAGUUGAGACAACGAAUGAACCAAACCUACUUUCCACAAGAUAAAAAAUACUUGGAAACUCCAAAAAUGUUUGAGGGAGAGUAUUUCGAAAGUUUAUUGGAUAGGCAUCAAUACGAGUACAUUUUGGAUAGGGCUUGUAUUCAAUUUGAACCUGAUGAUGUCGAGUAUCAGAAGGCUGUUACUGUUACCUAUCAGCAUGUAAAUGAUAAUAAUAAAUUUGAACUUCUUAGAUCCACAAGACAUUUUGGUUCCUUAACUUUCUUCUUGGUCUGGAACAAAAUCAUCGACAACUUACUCCUAGACCUUAUAGAAACUUUACACAUACACGAAGCCCAGGAUUUAAUUGCAGUCUAUUCUCUGGUUCACAAAAUUUCAUUUGAAGGAGAGCAACCAUUGGACCAAAUCAAAGAUUUCAUCAAGAAAUCCGCCAAUAAAAAAGCUGCCUUGGAAUUGGCCAUACAGGCUUAUGAAGACACUACAGUUGAACGUGCAGCAAGUUUUUGAAUAAAUAAAUUAGAUGACCAGUAUUUAUUGUUUUUUAUUUUGGGUAAAUUAAACAAAAAACCUCAAGAUACAUUGAAUUAUAUUUUUCAAUCAAAUACACAAAACAAAAUAUUUAUUUAAAUCAAUAUGUAUGUAUAUGAAUACAUUUCACCACUAAAAUCCUACCUACUAAAACUACUUUUCACCAUCACUGCCUCCAGCUUGAGCUGUAGCAGGCUCAUUAUUAGUAUAAUCGUCCCUGUCUUCGCCAUCAGACAAAGGACCUUCCUGUCUAGCUGGCUUUUCUUGAUCCACCCCAGGAGGACCGUCAUCUUGGCCAGGAGCGGGUGGCGCCCCCUCUGAGUACUUGUUAAUCUUUUCUUUGUUGACGCUGUCUUCUCUAUCGCGAGUUCUCCUGAUUGGAGAAUCGUCAGAACCCGAUCUACUGUACGACCUGCUUCUAUCUCUAGACCUGCUCCUGUCAUAUCUUCUAUCUCUGUAUCCACCACCACGGUUACCUCCGUACCUUCCUCUUGGGUGUCUACGAUUACCUCUAUUGUAAUCAUAUGGCCUGCCUCUACCUCUGUAGUUUCUGUUAUCGUAUCUGUCUCUGUAAAAUAAAUUU